AUGGCCUCCGAAAAUCAUGUUAACGUUGAAAACAACAAAGUAGACGACAGUUUCAACGAACAGUCUGUCAGUGGCCAAAAGACCAGCCCGCAUGUUACGACCACAGGCAACCCUUGUGGCCCUGAAAACACCGUCGACAACAAGGAUGUUGACGACACGACCAUCUUUUACAACCUCAACAAAGACAAAGUCGGCCCCAUAACCCCAGAAGCAGAAAAGAAACUGAUCCGCAAGAACUUUUGGUUUCUUCUGACUCAGACGUGGUGGAUCGCCUUCCUCAUCCACCUCGACAAGUCGACACUCUCGCAGGCCAGCACCAUGGGGAUAUUUGACGACGUCGACAUGUCCAAGAAGCAGUACAACGACCUCUUUGUCUUGUUCUACACAGGAUAUCUCAUUGCGCUUUGGCCAGGGGCCUGGCUCUCGCAAAGGACUGGGCAGAAACAAUUUAUUGUGGGAUCUUUGUUACUGUGGGCGUUUUUACUCGGGAUGCAUCCAUUGGUGAAGACGGGAAAGCAGAUGAUGGCACUGCGUUUCAUCCUCGGCAUGGUAAGCAUUAUGACUGAAUCCCAAAUCGUCCCGAGCACGACAGUCCUCCACCAAGCCUUCUUCCCUCCCAAGAAAAGCCCCUGGGUUCAGCUCCUAUGGUGGGCAUCAGGCAGUUUCGCCAACGUCCUCCUCACCAUGGUAGCCUACAAGCUCAUCCUAGAAGACAACUCACACGCUCUCGUCGGCGGAAUCUCCUCUUGGAAAUGGCUUCACAUCAUCUGUGUCAUCCUUACAUUUAUCGUCUCCGUGCCGCUCGCCUUCUUCCUGCCCAACUCGCCGAUUGAGGCCAAGUGGCUUUCGACAGAGGAAAAGAUCCACACGAUCGCAGCGAUCCGUGAGUCUCAGUCUGGUAUUCGCAAUUCGACGUGGAAGUGGGCACAAGUCCGAGAGGCGUUUACUGAUUUCAAGAGUUGGUUAUUCAUCAUCCACAUGUUUUUCAACGAGCUCCCAAACAACACAUCUCAGCAACUUCCCCUCAUCGUCGUCGGGUUCGGAUUCACACCCGCUGAAAGUGCCCUCUUCAACAUUGCAAAGCCUCUCAUCGGAUCGUUCUUGGUCCUCGUCUCUGCCGCCAUGCUAUACGCGACUAGACUUGGCACAGGCUACACUUGCGCAAUCUCGUACAUUCCAUGCUUUGUUGGGGGUAUCAUUGAACUCGCUGCACCGUGGUCAAACAAGGUUGCCUUGGUUGUUGGAACCCAAAUUUCUACCUUCAAGCCGUCUUACCUGCUGGGCCUGUCUUGGGCUGGGACCACAACGACCGGCUACACCAAGAAGCUCACAGUUCUGUCAACUUGUGUCGUUGCUGCAUCCGUUGCCAACAUGAUUUCUCCAGAGUUCUGGCAGCCCCAGUACAAGCCCCAGUACACCCUCCCCUGGUCUUUCAUGACCGCCUUCUGGUUCAUCUCCCCUGGCAUGUGUCUCAUCAUCCGCUGGUAUCUAGUCCGCGAGAACAAGCGACGCACUCAGAUUCUCGAAGCCGACGACACUAGUUUUGAAGAACAUGAGAAGCUUGACACGGGAGACCAAGUGAUCAACAUUAGCAACGAGGAUUUGGACCAGACUGAUCGAGAGAAUCUCAAGUUUAUUUAUCCACUGUAG